UGUCAGCAGCAGCAGCAGCAGCAGCACAGCUGAGCUCUGCACGCAGAUGUUUGAGAGCAGAAGAACGAGGAACAUGUUAACUAAGGAGACGUAUCAUCAAGACCCUAAUCUGUGCGGUUAGGAGGAGGACACUGGAGGGUGAUAACUCUGAUCAGUUUUGGAGAUGAACAGCUGCAAACUGUUGGAUGUGAAGAUGUGGGCACUGAUGGGAGCAGUCUGUCUGUGCCACUGCGUCUUUGGACAGCUGUUUGACACCAAAGCGAAAGGAGCGCCACCGCGCCUGAUAUGCAGUGUCCCCGGGUCACCAGGCCUACCGGGCAAAAACGGUCCCAGCGGGCCCCCUGGAGCAGAUGGGAAUGUGGGUAUCCCAGGAAGAGAUGGCAGAGAUGGCAGGAAGGGGGAAAAGGGAGAAAAGGGAGAAGCAGGGUUCAAGGGCAGAGUUGGCCCAACAGGUAAAAUCGGAGCCAGAGGUGAUCGUGGUCCUGCAGGUAAAAGAGGUCCCACAGGAGAGGGUGGGGGCCUGGGGUUACUCGGUCCUCCUGGUCGUGAAGGAGAGAAAGGGAACAAAGGAGCUCGAGGACCAAAGGGAACUGCAGGAAUCUGCAAGUGUGGAAGCCUGCUGCCUAAAUCUGCCUUCUCUGUGGGAAUCACCAGCAGCUACCCUGAAGAGAAAAUCCCCAUCAAAUUCAACAAGGUUCUGUUGAACGAGGGGGGACACUACAACCCUCAGACGGGCAAGUUCAUCUGUGCAUACCCAGGCAUUUAUUAUUUCUCCUAUGAUAUCACACUGGCCAACAAACAUCUGGCCAUCGGGCUGGUGCAGAACGGUCAGUUCCGCAUCAAAACCUUUGAUGCCAACACGGGGAACCACGACGUAGCUUCAGGGUCCACUGUGAUGUUCCUGAACCCAGAAGAUGAGGUGUGGAUGGAGAUCUUCUUCAGUGAUCAGAAUGGUUUAUUUGCAGACCCGGGCUGGGCUGACAGCUUGUUCUCUGGCUUCCUUCUCUAUGCAGACGCAAACUACUUUGAUGAACUCGCAGAGGACUAUUCAUAGCACACAGAAACCAACAGAACCUAAACUGCUAGUCAUUGUUGUUAUAUAAUAUACCAGUAUAUGGUAUGGUCAAACUAUAUUUUUAUACAAAUGUUUGUACUGCUAAAUAUAUUAUUACUAGAGAGACUUAUCUACUGAUUUAAAAUGAUACUGUUUGAUAAGCUUGAAUAAGUCUCAGAUUAUUUGUUUUAUGAUGGACACAGAAGUAUAAAUAAAAAACAAACAUUGUGGACUGCCA